AUGAGGAAUAAGAUGAGUCUUGAGGCCUACAUCUAUUUCCAAUCGGGAUGGGUGGAGAACAUUCUUUGUCACUUCAUUCCGCAGACCAGACACACAUUGCUACUUGCCAACGUCAAACCUUCGCAGAGAGUCAACGACCAGCCUCAUAAACCAUGGGUUGCCUUGACAGCAGAGGGGAAAGUGACAGCUGGUCACUGCACCUGCAUGGCAGGACUUGGGGAAUCCUGCUCCCACGUGGCUGCCCUCCUCUUCAAGGUUGAAGCGUUCGUUAGACUCGGGCUGACCAAAGAAACAUGUACAGAUGUGGCCUGUAAAUGGAAUAAUGACUUGGUUGAAAAGGUGACCCCAGACCCCGUUGUCAAUUUCCUCAUACAGCUGCUUCCGUUCAUCGUCACCAACCGGCUUGGAAAGUGA